UCGAUAAGGCAUCGUUUUUAGGACGUGUCGUGCCCCCCGCUUAGUAGAGUUCGUCCGUAGCGUGAUCAGUUGGCCCCAAGCGCUCGCGCUGAGUGCGUGUCGACGUCUGCGCACGCGUUCGUUCACCCCUAGCUCGAUCGUCAGCUGUCAAAUUUGACGUUUCGUAAUCGGGGAGAAUCCACGAUUACUAAGUAAUCAAAGUACAUUUAAACCAAGUAACUGAAGACAUUGUUCUAACAAGAAUUCCGACUUGCGUAAAAAUGUUUUGACGUGCCCGCUUGUGUUGUGUUAGUGAUGAUUUCUGAUUGUAUCGAGUGCUGUGUUUUGUGUAAACUAGUUUCGAAGAUUCGUCGUUGUUAUGCUGUUAUCAUGUAAUGUCGUUCGACGCUGAUAUGUCUAUAAUUAGCGACCUACGAUGGCUGCAGGACGAGGAGUUGUUUGCUCUUUCGUUGCAAAACGAGAUCGAAGCGGCGGAGGCGUGCAAAUGGCUACGAGCCGCCGGAUUCCCUCAGUACGCGCAGAUGUACGAAGACCUCCAGUUUCCCAUCGACGUGUCGGGGGUACAGAACGACCACCCGUUCCUGGAUGCGGAUUCUUUGCAGUCCCUCUUCAGGCGACUGACUGCACUCAACCGAUGCGCCAACAUGAAGCUAGAACACCAUCACCAUCAGAAGAGAUCGAACGACUCUGACGAUGACCAAUGCGCGCUCAGCGACAAAUGGCAGUACGAGAGGAAGUCACGGCGGUGGUCGCGAGUCGUCGAGAUCACACCGCAGGCGCAGCGGAGGUUACAGGUGAUAGCUGCAAGAGCGAUAGCAGAGAGAGAAGCAAGAGAAGCGAGAGGGGAAGAGGAGGACGACGAGGACGACACCCUUCCCACCAUCAGAGUAGGACUGGUCGAUGCUGAUGGGCACUACACCGAUGUUGAACCUGACUUAUUAACGGUACCAGGCCAACCAAUGAUACAGUUUCCAAGUGACAAGGAGGAUGAAGAAGAAAAUGGCACUAGAUUUAGAAGAACCGGCUCAGAACGACUCCGAGACGGCGCGAAAGCUUUGCUCAGACGUGUAGAAUCCCUCAAAACUAGGAGAAGAAAACGGCAAAACAGAACCGAAGUCAUUGUCUCCUCUCCCCACUUUUUAGAUACACAAACUGAUCGAUAUCCAGAUUUAAAUUAUAUUGACAUGACUCCCACGACUCCUACAGCGUUUCCUUUUCCAGAUUUUGCUAGUUCUCCUUUACAUGCUCCAGCUAUUCGAACUCAACCUCCUUCACCUAUGACCAUUAUGCCACCAUCUCCCAUCGCUCCGCUGGAGCAGUCCUUUGUUUUAAAUCAUCCAUUUGGAGACGAUAGCUCUAGUUAUGCCUCAGACGGAAGUAUGGGGUCGAGUAAUAAGAGUUCUAAGUCAAAAUUAGGAAAGGCGAAGCGCAUUUUCCACAGAGGGAUCAAGAAUGAUGACUCCAGUGCACUGAGUGACUCGGAAUGCCAACCGGCCAGCUGGAGGCAUAAUUAUUAUAGAGAUCAUAAUACUCAUCACAAUACUGAGGUGUACGUGGAACCUCCGUCACCAAUAGAACUAAAGCCAGACCCGGCAGUGCUGAAGGAGGUACAGAAGUCUCCUGGACACACAACGCAUAGACGACAGGCUAUUCGCACCAGCUCACUAAACCUGGGGAAAGAUGGACAGAAAUUUAGGGACAGAAGCUUGAAGAGAGACAAGUCAGCAUCGAGGAGUUCCGAACUCGAAGGCAGUCCCAAUUCUGCGGGGUCACGGUCCCAUGACGGUGACCAGGACGACGAUGAUGACAGCGUUGACAUCAAAUCUAAAAAAAAUAACAUUCAGAGGUGGUAUUCAUUCCGGACGACUACGCUAAACGGCGGUCCCAAAGCCCACAAUACCCUGCAGCCAGUAACCAAUCAAAAGGAUCCAGAAGCCUAUUUGUCUCGACCCAUGUCAUCUCUGUCCUGCGGGCAGCUGCACAUUUUGCGAAAACUGGCACUGCUUCGACUCACCGCAUGUAUGGAGCGGUACUGCCCUUCACACAAGUCCGGUUGGAACUGGGAACUACCAAAGCUUAUUAGAAAGAUCAAAACUCCUGAUUAUAAAGAUAAAACCGUUUUCGGCGUGCCCCUCACCGUGUCGCUGCAGAGGACAGGCCAUUCUUUGCCGAAGUCCAUACAGUGCGCACUCAAUUGGCUGAAAAACAACGCCCUCGACCAGAUGGGUAUCUUCCGGAAAGCCGGUGUCAAGUCAAGAAUAGCGAAGCUACGCACAUUAGUCGAAAGCGCAGGGGCCGUGAACGCCGCCUUCGCUAUUGAAAACAUGAACACAGUGGACCCUCACCAGUCAAGCCUGAACUUCGACGGCGCCCAAGCCCACGACGUGGCCGAUAUGGUGAAACAGUACUUCAGAGAGUUGCCCGAUGCGCUGCUGACGAAUAAACUUAGUGAAACGUUCAUUGCGAUAUUUCAACACGUACCAGAACCUCUCAGGCCUGACGCAGUACAGUGCGCAUUACUUUUGCUGCCUGAAGAACACUUGGAGGCAUUGCAGUCACUACUUAUAUUCCUUGCCGAGGUUGCAGAGCAUUCGGCGGUGAACCAGAUGACAGCGUCUAACUUGGCUGUAUGUUUGGCCCCCACGCUGCUAAGGCUUCAUCAUGCGCCGCCUCAGACUGGUAGCACGAAGGAAGGAAAUUCAAACCGAAUGGUAAUAGAAAGCGUGGCCGAUCAGCGUCAAAUCAGCGAAAGUCGCGCAGCUCAUGCAUGUCUCCUACUACUCAUUCAGAAGCACCAGCAGCUGUUUUUGGCGCCAGCGGAUAUGCUGGCGCGGUGCAAGUUCAACUAUUUCGAGGAGAGUGUGCCUGUUUCGCUAGAAGAAUUAGGAGCAGAUUUCAACCAAGACUGGAAAGGUUUUCAACAAGCCUGCAUCAAAGCUUUACUAAAAGAAGCCAAAGAAAAAACGAGAGGAUGGAUGUCAGUGUCCGGGGCAGCGCCUCACGUGGAGUUGUGCUGCAAGAAGGUCGGCGAUGGCCACCCACUGCGGCUAUGGAGGGCUACUACGGACGUGGAGGCUCCGCCGCAGGAGGUUAUGCAGAGAAUUCUUCGCGAGCGUCACAUCUGGGACGACUCGUUAGUGAAGUGGCGGGUCGCCGAGAAGCUCGGCACGAACGCAGAGGUGUUCCAGUUCAUAACAGCCUCGAGCAUCAACCUGCCACCAAGAGAUUACUGUGUUUUAAGAUCCUGGCAGCAAGGCGGCGGUGGCGGAGGUUGGUGCGCGGUGGCCGAGACGUCGGUCGCGCACGGCAACCAGCCCACCGACGGCUCCCGCGGCGUGGUGCUUGCGUCGCGCUACCUCGCGCAGCCGGCCGGCAAGGGCCGCAGCCGACUGGUGCAUCUGGCCAGGGUUGACACUAUGGGACGGACUCCAGAAUGGUACAACAAAUGCUAUGGUCACAUAUGUGCGCUAUAUUUGGCACGAAUUCGGGCCUCUUUCAAGCACAAUACCGAAGGACCAGAGUCGAAUGUAUGAUCCAAGCAUUCCACUUAAGCCGGCAAUGUAGUGCCAGCUUAAGUUUGACGUUAAGGGACGUCAGUGUGUACAUAGCCUUAUUCUAAAGGCAUAAUUUUAUGCUUCGGGGAAUUCCUAGAAACAAUGCAGACUCGUGCAUCAUGAGAUGUCUCAAUGUAGUUAAUAAAUCAUAGUUCUUAAGCACAAGGGAAUUACUUAAUAAGAAUAUUAAGGAUGAACAAUUGUUAUUAUUCAUUGUACUGAAGGGACUUUUCUUGUAAUUGUUGUAAGAAAAUACGUGAGAGUAUAAAUGCGAUGUUACUUUGAGAGACCCAGGUGUUCUGAGACCCUAUAAAUAAAUUAAUAAAAUUGAGUAACCAUUAAACACGUAAAAUUGAGCAUUUUCAUGUGAUGAUUAUUGUAGUAAAAUAAUUAGCACAAUAGAAAAAUAUUUUACAGUACAUAUGGUGCUACUUUCUCGCACUAAUGCGGAAAGUGCACUUUUUGUGCAUAUGUCGAAAGUUUAAAGGGCCAUAUGUACUGUAAAACGUUGUUCGAUACACGUGCGAAUAGGUAAUUCGCAACUCGUGUCGAUUUAAAACACUCCCUGCGGUCGUGUUUUAAUUUAUCGCCACUCGUUUCGAAUUUCCUCUUUUCCGCACUUGUAUCGAAAAUAACUAUUAUCAGUUGACUAAACUACGCACCAGCAUUCGAUUUGCACAAGUCCAUUGUAUAUAAAAUAAUGUAGGUUUCCUGUUCCAUGACAACUAUACAAUGAACAUAUCCUUUUUGCCCAAAAUAGCUAAACAAAUAUAUUGCAUGGUAUAUAAGUAAUCAAGUUGGCAAAACAAAAACAUAUUCGUCUACAGUGUCUGUUGUUAAAAUAUAUAACUUAAGACCUUUGGUGAACUUAUUAAACCGUUGGAGACGGUGUUUAAUAUAUUUGACAUCGUUAUUGGAAGUUAAGCAACUAAGCUAAAACGUAUGACUGUGACUUGAUGUGGUGUACAGAUUAUUCAAAAGUUUAAGCCUGAAGAUCUGGAGAUGUUCUAUAAUCAUGAGUCUAAAAUGUAUAAAUAGUAGGUAUACGGAGAAGAAACUUGGGCGUUUUCUCAUACUGAGACUGUUUCAUAAAUCUGAAGUUGUUCUUAAGAAAUACGAAGACGACUCAAGCACGUAGCUCCUAACAUUGUUUUGUAUGCGAUUAUCGUUGAUAUUCAUGUGUGGUUUUUGUAAGUUUGUGCGAGUGACCAAAAUUAUAGUCUUCUAAAUGUGUCUGGGUGUAAUGCAUAAUAAACAUAGUUGUAAUAUGUAUGUUCAAUGCCUACCUCCAUAUUCAAGAUUGUUUUGCCCUAGUUAAAUUCCCUAGUAAAGGGACCUACCAAAAAGCCUGAAAUAUAUUUAAUAAGAUUAGUUUAUGUGUAAUUAGUUAGUUAUAUUUUAAAUUACCAUCGUGAUGUUAGUUUCCCCAUGGUGCAUACAAUAUUAAGAUUAAAUAUUUUAUAAAGUAUUGAAAUCAACAAUCUCAAAUACUUGCGGAUCACUUUACCAUACCUUCGUGUUAAUGUUGUUGUUACAUAUCACUAGUCAUAUAUAUAUAUAAAUAAAUAACAAUAAAUAUAUAAAUUUUAAACACAUAAUAACUGUACCUGUCCUGUGUUCAGGAAUAGUAUUAAAUUGUAUUUAUGAUAUAUUCAUUAAUAUUACUAAUAUAAUAAAUAAAUAUUGAAUCCUUUAUUAUAUUUAUGGGUAAAAUAUAAAAUGAAUAAUUGUCAAUGUGAAUAUUUAAAAAAGAGCUAAUGUCGGUUGACAUUUUUAUAUGUAAAAAGUCUGAAUAUAAUUUUAUAUAAUUUCGUUUUUGUAUUUAGGUACCUACAUUUCAUCACAAUUAUCUUUGUGAGAGUAUUUAAAAAAAAAAACAUAUUUUUCAGCACAAGUUUUUUUAAACCGAAUAUUUAGGCAAAAAAAAAGGAUAUACAAUACAUCUCAUAAUAAACUAUCAAAUGUUUAGAGAUACCUAGUUGGUAGGUAUACCUAAUAGUAAAAAUUUGUAUUAUGUGUUUCAUAAAAUGUGUUUCAAAAUAUAAAUGACUAAUUUCAUUUCAUUUCUGUAGGUUUCUAUUUUCUAUACCUAAGAUUACCGUAAAGUGGCCAGUAUUUCACAUUUUGAUUAGUUUUUUACUUGUGUUAAUAUCAAAUGACGUAUAAUAAAUACAAAUCGUUUUGGACUAUUAUUAUGAAACACACGAUAUUUUUCUAUACUUUCCUUCGGAAAACAAAUUCAAACCAAAAAAUCACAUUAUGGAAUAAAUAAUAUAUUUGUAUUUAGAUUAAAUAUUUGUAAAUAUAUUUACAUAGAAUAAUGGAUCUUUAAGUACCUAUACUUAGGUAACGUUGUAAUCUCAAUUUUAAAGGGGUUCUAGUCACAUUCUUACUACAUGUAUGUAUUUCAGUAUACGAAAACUGAAGUUGUGUUAGUAGGACUGUGAAACCUUCACAUUACUAUGAGUUACCUGCCAAAAACACAGUAAGUUUGCGAGACAUGCUGCCAGACAUUGCAAAAUAUUGUCACAUAAUGAUUAUUGUAUUUCAAAAUCUGAAAAGUAUUUGACAAUAUUGCAUAAAUGACCAGUAGUUUUCAGAUAUUAAAUUAAAUAAACCUAUUAAAAUUAUUCUUAUACAAUGUAAAUUGUAACUUAUGGUCAAUAUAACGUACCAAGUUCAAAAUGACAUUACCUAUAGAUAUCGCCUAUGUACAUUUGUAUAGUCAGCAUCAAAUAGACAUAGACAGUGAUAGCCAAAGAUGCCAAAUAUAUCGCAAACCAUCCUUGUUCCUAUAGUAGGAACAAAGGUAUGUUGUAAUUGUAAUAUGUUUGGCUACUUUAGCUAAGAUUAUUGUUAGGCUGAGUGUACAUACAGUUUAUUUUGAGCAAGUAAAUAUAUAUUUUUUGCUAUGGUUAAAAUAAUUUAUUCCAACUCACUAAAAAUACCAAUUUUAAAAGUCGGACUACUUUUUUGUAUCAGGUUUAGAAUCACCAUCAAUACAUUACAUUCAGAAUCACCAUCAAUAUUAUGCUGUAUGCGAGCUGCAUUUAUACGGUAUGCACAUAUAUGCAACUGGUAUUACAUAAAUAGCAAAUAAGUUAUUGAAAUAUUCACCGUUAAUACUCCAAAAUGUCUGUUAUAUUAAUGUGUAAAAUAAUUAUACCUUAUUGCAUUGUGAUUUUAUUCUAUAUGAAAUAUAUGGACCAUUACUGUGAA